GGUAAGCCAACAGAAAUUCAAGAAAUACCUCAAAUAGAUUUCUCAUCUGACCAUGCGAUUCACGCUGCCACAGAAAAUUCUCAAAUAAUGUCUGGUAACACAAUGGACCAAGCUGAAAUCAGAGAGACAAACCCAUUUGAGAUGGUUGUGAAAAUACCUGAUGAUUCUCCUACCAGUCAGAAAAUGUCAGUUCCUGACAACAAGCAGGAUGAGUAUCUUAAUGAAGAAAGCAUUUUUGAGGAUUUAGAGCAGAAAAAUGAGGAUCAUCAUUUCUAUGAUACCAAGGAACCACCGAUCAGCUACAUUGAAGGAGUAGACUCUGCUCUAGGUCAGGUGAAGGAGAUUGAAGGCCAAGUACAGUAUGCUAUGAAACCCAGUGCUGAACCAAAGGGUCAUGAGGAAGGACUUUUCUCUGAAAUGGAGGAGGGUGAAUCCUCUUCACAAGCUGUGCAAUCAGGAAUAACUGUGACUUCUGACUCCCAACCACAACAAAACAUUGACUUUAACCCCAUUGGGAACAGAAGAAAACUGGGGUCUAGCCGUAGAAAUAAAGGAAGACAGCAUGUCAAGGAUUCUGUUGCUGAAUCGUACCAUGAACCUGCAGGGGAAGAUUCUGGAAACACCAGGGAAAAUACAUCUCUUGAAACAGAAUUGUCAUUACCAAUAGAGCCAGUAGUGCAGGAACAAACGAAGGAAACCAUGUUGAAGGGAAUGGAAAUAUUUGACACUGCUCCAACUGAAUAUGUUGGUGAGCUUGUUAAAGAAAAUUCACUUGUUGGCAUCUCUGAGCUUACUGGUUCAAAUGUACAUGCACAUUUGAGAGAAGAUCAAAAGACAAAUGUCCAAUCAAAUGUUGGGGAGAUGCCAGAGGAAGAAUUCCCAAAUGUUUGUACCGUAACAGAAAAAGAAAGCAUGGCAAAGGACAAUGUCACAGAAAUGUUCAGGCACGCUGAAAAUGUACAGACCAACUAUUUGAUGAGUGAGUCUCAGAUAACAACAGAAAAUAAUGAGUCCUCUAUCACAUCAGAGAUAACCACAGAAGAACAAGACCUCAGAGAGAACUCAGAACCUGAAUGCAGUGUUGAACAAAAAGCAUUUGCAUCAUCAAAAGAGGAGUCUACAACAAAUGAGGAAACACAUGAGUUGUUCAAUGUAUCUGAAGUCAAAGGUGCUCAUCAGUCAGAUGAUGGUGAUAACAAACUCCAUGAACAGGAGGGUAAGCCAACAGAAAUUCAAGAAAUACCUCAAAUAGAUUUCUCAUCUGACCAUGCGAUUCACGCUGCCACAGAAAAUUCUCAAAUAAUGUCUGGUAACACAAUGGACCAAGCUGAAAUCAGAGAGACAAACCCAUUUGAGAUGGUUGUGAAAAUACCUGAUGAUUCUCCUACCAGUCAGAAAAUGUCAGUUCCUGACAACAAGCAGGAUGAGUAUCUUAAUGAAGAAAGCAUUUUUGAGGAUUUAGAGCAGAAAAAUGAGGAUCAUCAUUUAUAUGCUACCAAGGAACCACCGAUCAGCUACAUUGAAGGAGUAGACUCUGCUCUAGGUCAGGUGAAGGAGAUUGAAGGCCAAGUACAGUAUGCUAUGAAACCCAGUGCUGAACCAAAGGGUCAUGAGGAAGAACUUUUCUCUGAAAUGGAGGAGGGUGAAUCCUCUUCACAAGCUGUGCAAUCAGGAAUAACUGUGACUUCUGACUCCCAACCACAACAAAACAUUGACUUUAACCCCAUUGGGAACAGAAGAAAACUGGGGUCUAGCCGUAGAAAUAAAGGAAGACAGCAUGUCAAGGACUCUGUUGCUGAAUUGUACCAUGAACCUGCAGGGGAAGAUUCUGGAAACACCAGGGAAAAUACAUCUCUUGAAACAGAAUUGUCAUUACCAAUAGAGCCAGUAGUGCAGGAACAAACAAAGGAAAUCAUGUUGAUGGAAAUUGAAAUAUUUGACACUGCUCCAACUGAUGUUGGUGAGCUUGUUAAAGAAAAUUCACUUGUUGGCAUCUCUGAGCUUACUGGUUCAAAUGUACAUGCACAUUUGAGAGAAGAUCAAAAGACAAAUGUCCAAUCAAAUGUUGGGGAGAUGCCUGAGGAAGAAUUCCCAAAUGUUUGUACCGUAACAGAAAAAGAAAGCAUGGCAAAGGACAAUGUCACAGAAAUGUUCAGGCACGCUGAAAAUGUACAGACCAACUAUUUGAUGAGUGAGUCUCAGAUAACAACAGAAAAUAAUGAGUCCUCUAUCACAUCAGAGAUAACCACAGAAGAACAAGACCUCAGAGAGAACUCAGAACCUGAAUGCAGUGUUGAACAAAAAGCAUUUGCAUCAUCAAAAGAGGAGUCUACAACAAAUGAGGAAACACAUGAGUUGUUCAAUGUAUCUGAAGUCAAAGGUGCUCAUCAGUCAGAUGAUGGUGAUAACAAACUCCAUGAACAGGAGGGUAAGCCAACAGAAAUUCAAGAAAUACCUCAAAUAGAUUUCUCAUCUGACCAUGCGAUUCACGCUGCCACAGAAAAUUCUCAAAUAAUUUCUGGUAACACAAUGGACCAAGCUGAAAUCAGAGAGACAAACCCAUUUGAGAUGGUUGUGAAAAUACCUGAUGAUUCUCCUACCAGUCAGAAAAUGUCAGUUCCUGACAACAAGCAGGAUGAGUAUCUUAAUGAAGAAAGCAUUUUUGAGGAUUUAGAGCAGAAAAAUGAGGAUCAUCAUUUCUAUGAUACCAAGGAACCACCGAUCAGCUACAUUGAAGGAGUAGACUCUGCUCUAGGUCAGGUGAAGGAGAUUGAAGGCCAAGUACAGUAUGCUAUGAAACCCAGUGCUGAACCAAAGGGUCAUGAGGAAGGACUUUUCUCUGAAAUGGAGGAGGGUGAAUCCUCUUCACAAGCUGUACAAUCAGGAAUAACUGUGACUUCUGACUCCCAACCACAACAAAACAUUGACUUUAACCCCAUUGGGAACAGAAGAAAACUGGGGUCUAGCCGUAGAAAUAAAGGAAGACAGCAUGUCAAGGAUUCUGUUGCUGAAUCGUACCAUGAACCUGCAGGGGAAGAUUCUGGAAACACCAGGGAAAAUACAUCUCUUGAAACAGAAUUGUCAUUACCAAUAGAGCCAGUAGUGCAGGAACAAACGAAGGAAACCAUGUUGAAGGGAAUGGAAAUAUUUGACACUGCUCCAACUGAAUAUGUUGGUGAGCUUGUUAAAGAAAAUUCACUUGUUGGCAUCUCUGAGCUUACUGGUUCAAAUGUACAUGCACAUUUAAGAGAAGAUCAAAAGACAAAUGUCCAAUCAAAUGUUGGGGAGAUGCCAGAGGAAGAAUUCCCAAAUGUUUGUACCGUAACAGAAAAAGAAAGCAUGGCAAAGGACAAUGUCACAGAAAUGUUCAGGCACGCUGAAAAUGUACAGACCAACUAUUUGAUGAGUGAGUCUCAGAUAACAACAGAAAAUAAUGAGUCCUCUAUCACAUCAGAGAUAACCACAGAAGAACAAGACCUCAGAGAGAACUCAGAAGCUGAAUGCAGUGUUGAACAAAAAGCAUUUGCAUCAUCAAAAGAGGAGUCUACAACAAAUGAGGAAACACAUGAGUUGUUCAAUGUAUCUGAAGUCAAAGGUGCUCAUCAGUCAGAUGAUGGUGAUAACAAACUCCAUGAACAGGAGGGUAAGCCAACAGAAAUUCAAGAAAUACCUCAAAUAGAUUUCUCAUCUGACCAUGCGAUUCACGCUGCCACAGAAAAUUCUCAAAUAAUUUCUGGUAACACAAUGGACCAAGCUGAAAUCAGAGAGACAAACCCAUUUGAGAUGGUUGUGAAAAUACCUGAUGAUUAUCCUACCAGUCAGAAAAUGUCAGUUCCUGACAACAAGCAGGAUGAGUAUCUUAAUGAAGAAAGCAUUUUUGAGGAUUUAGAGCAGAAAAAGGAGGAUCAUCAUUUAUAUGCUACCAAGGAACCACCGAUCAGCUACAUUGAAGGAGUAGACUCUGCUCUAGGUCAGGUGAAGGAGAUUGAAGGCCAAGUACAGUAUGCUAUGAAACCCAGUGCUGAACCAAAGGGUCAUGAGGAAGAACUUUUCUCUGAAAUGGAGGAGGGUGAAUCCUCUUCACAAGCUGUGCAAUCAGGAAUAACUGUGACUUCUGACUCCCAACCACAACAAAACAUUGACUUUAACCCCAUUGGGAACAGAAGAAAACUGGGGUCUAGCCGUAGAAAUAAAGGAAGACAGCAUGUCAAGGACUCUGUUGCUGAAUUGUACCAUGAACCUGCAGGGGAAGAUUCUGGAAACACCAGGGAAAAUACAUCUCUUGAAAUAGAAUUGUCAUUACCAAUAGAGCCAGUAGUGCAGGAACAAACGAAGGAAAUCAUGUUGAUGGGAAUUGAAAUAUUUGACACUGCUCCAACUGAUGUUGGUGAGCUUGUUAAAGAAAAUUCACUUGUUGGCAUCUCUGAGCUUACUGGUUCAAAUGUACAUGCACGUUUAACAGAAGAUCAAAAGACAAAUGUCCAAUCAAAUGUUGGGGAGAUGCCAGAGGAAGAAUUCCCAAAUGUUUGUACUGUAACAGAAAAAGAAAGCAAGGAAAAUGACAAUGACACAGAAUUGUUCAGGCACACUGAAAAUGUACAGACCAACUAUUUGAUGAGUGAGUCUCCGAUAACAUCCGAAAAUAAUGAGUCCUCUAUCACAUCAGAGAUAACCACAGAAGAACAAGACCUCAGAGAGAACUCAGAACCUGAAUGCACCACAAACCCCACAGGGAACAGACGAAAAUUUGGAUCAAGCAGAAGAAACAAAGGACCACUGCACAUCAAGGACACUACAAGAAUGUCAUUAGUAACAGAGACAAUAAAGCAGGAAGAAUUAAAAAAAAAGUCCGACCUAGACUUAAGUUCAAACGUAAGUGACGAAGAAAACACAGACAUUUUCUUAGAGGAAGGCAUCAUUUUGUCACAGAAUGAGAAGGACAACAGUGCAAUUAUGAAAACAGACAUUCAUUUAAGCCCUAGCAAUGAUGUAUUCGUCAAGGAUGUUGAUGAGGAAAAAAAUAAACAAAAGAAAGAGACUGAAAAUGUAUGCCAGCUUGGAGGACAUUACACAGUUAAAACAGACUCGCAACCACCAGAAGUCUCAGUUUGGAAAGCUGAUUCAGACAUACAAACUAUCUCAUAUCAUGGGGACAAUGUCUCCUCACGACCAAUUGCUUUUGAUGUUCUUGAGCAAGAAGAGACUUUUCAAUUCCAAAGCUCUGAAGCUUUAUCUUUUGACAAAGACUUUAAUGAUCAACAGACAAAUGAUACAUCACCAACUGUGGGCGAUGUCACAGUAAAAUACUUUAAAUCAGGACCGGAGAGUUCAAUGUAUAUGCAAGUUUCUAACCAGGAUGCAGAUGGAGAACAAUCAGAGGAUCCUUUGAAGUCGGAACACAAAGCCCAAGAAAUUAAUAUUUCAGAAAAGAUUACAAAGAACGUAUCAGACAGCUUGGCUCCAUUUCACACAGGUCUUAAGGAAAACUUCAGAGCAGAGCCAGAUAUGUUUGAGGAAAGUAACAUUUCCAGCCAUCUAAAGGAACAAGAAGAAUCUCAUUCAGACAACAGUGAAAAUGUGCAGGGAACAUCGAAACAGAAGAGGAGAAAGAUGGGCUCUACUCGCCGGUCUCAACUCAAUAGGAAACCAGAGGAAAAGAGGGAUGAAAGAGAAAGUGACUUUAAAACAGAAGCUGACAUGAGACAUCUUGAAAAGAUAGAAGGACUGGAAGAGUUACAUAUGCUUAUGACUGCAGAGGUAUCACAGAGUGAACAUGCAAAAGCAUCACAUAGUCCUAUGAAUAAAGAACAAGAAGCCAAUGAAACCAGCACAGUGCACAACAACAGACAAAACAUACCAAGCUCUGACUUGCAAGUUGUUAAUCCUGCUAUAUUUGUUCAUGUAGCUGAUGAAAGGGAGAGUGAGAGGAAUUUAAAUGUUUGUGUGGAACCACCACGGAUAGAUGAUUUUACAACCACUGAGAGGCAAAUCCCCAGUCCUUUACUGUCUGAAAAUACUGAAGAGAAUAGAAACACAGUUAUCAUAGGAGAGAGCUUUGUGUCUUUCUGUGAGAUCACACAGAGUAUGCAAAAUGAUGAGGAAAGUGUAAGCAUAAUUGAGGACCAAACUUUGAAAUCAGCCGAAGCGCCUGUUGUGGCAGAUUUGGAAAUAUUGACAUAUGUGGUAAGAGAAGGAGCAGAACAUGAACAUAUCAGUGCCCAGUUUAGUAAACAACAGUUGGACAACCCCACUGAAGUAGUUCACGAUACAAAUAUCGAGAUGAAGAAUCCAAGUCCAAAUAGGAGGAAAAAGAUGGGCUCAACCCGCAGGAAUUUUGGAUCAAGACACAAAAGGGAAGACUUGCAUCAAGAACAGGAUGUGGAUGAUGAAGCAACAGAGACUGCAUCCAAUGUUGGAGAUGUAAAGACUGAACUUUUCUCCAACAUCACAGAAGAUGAGCUUCAGCUUAACUUAAAACACAAAGACACGGGCUCUGAGCAAAGGAAAGAAAAUGUAUUUGAAACAGUGGAGUACAGCCAGAUUGGUGACUCUCACAUUAAACCUCACCAGCCAUUGGAAGAUAAUCCUGUUCCUCCUGGUCAACUCAUAGAAACAGAGCAUCAACGUACUCCCAAUUCUCUUGCUGCAAUACCUUCCACUUCCCCAAAAGAAGAUUUAAUGUCAGAAACAGCUUCUGGUGGGAGAAGAAGAAAAAUGGGAUCCAGCAGGAAGUCACAUGGACUCAAAAGAUAUGAAAAUCAAACCGCAAGUGGAGACAAAAUACAAGAUACACAACAUGAGAGAGAUGUCAGAAGUAAUACAGAUGAAAGUGCCAUCAAUACACCUGAAGAGCUGAGAGAAGAAUCUUUGAGCCUGGUCCAAAUAUCAGAGGCAGGUAAAAGUGAGAAGAAACCAUCGAACAUCAGCAUCUCAAAGGAAGAAAUUGCCCCAAAGACUGUGAGUGAGAAGACGGUUCAACAUCUUUAUGCUGAAGUCGGGCUGAGCCAACAGAAGUUUUCUCUGGAGGGUAAUUCCAGAAUAGCAGAUCAUAAAGCAAAUGCUUACAAUGUGAUGAUGGUUGGAGACAGCAGCGUGGGAAAAACCUCCUUCAUGAAAAGAGCUCAGAGUGGAAAGUUUUCUUUAGAUUUACCCGCCUCAGUUGGACUUGAUUCCUGCAUGUGGACUGUGGUAGUGGAAGGAAAGCCUGUGGUGCUACAGCUGUGGGAUACAGCGGGACAAGAAAGGUUUCACAGCAUCACGAGGCAGAUUUUCCACAAAGCCCACGCAUUUCUGUUGAUGUAUGACAUCACUUCCUCUGAGACUUUUUCUGCAGUUAGCUACUGGGCAAACUGUAUUCAGGAAGGGGCUGACGAAGACGUGAAUAUUUUACUUGUGGGCAAUAAGAGUGAUCGUGCAGAGCGGCAGAUUAAAACUCAGGAGGCGGAGAAUCUUGCUAAGGAAUAUAACUUUGAAUUCAUGGAGUGCAGCGCUGCCACAGGGGAAAAUGUGGUUCAGGGUUUGGAAACUGUGGCCAGGAUGUUGAGUCAAAAGCAUGACACGAGAGAGGAAGCCAUGGUGUUACACAAAGAGCCCCCGCAGAAAAAAUCCUCAGGAUGUUGCUGAACAAGAUGUGCGUCUGCAGAGAGGAGGGAUCCUGCACACAGUGGAAACUCUGGACUGGCUCUUUAGAGGGUUUUUCACAACUAAAACAUAUUUAAUGAUUUUUUCAGUUGUAUUCCAAACUGUAUUGAUUUAUAUACAUGUUGUGUUUCCUUUUCACAACUAUCUUCAGCUGUUUUAUUAUGUCUACCAAGCCUUAAAGAGCCUGUGACAGCAUCCCAACAACUGUUGUGCAAUGAAAUAUUGGGCUACUAGUCAUCUCGAACUGUCAGUUUAAAAAAGAAAAAGCGAUACCGUUCCGAUAAAUAUCAAUAAUUUCGAACAUCGCGGGGAAAUUCCUUCGACUCAUUUUGAAGUUUUGGGGGAAACCGAAGUGACGUCAAUGCGGGAACG